AUGGGCAUCCGUGGCAUGCUGCGAGCCGCCGUGCUCCUACUGCUCAUCAGGACCUGGCUCGCGGAGAGCAACGACCCCAGUCCCAUCCCGAAAUUCCACUUCGAGUUCUCCUCCGAUGUGCCCGACGUCGUCCUGAACCUCUUCAAUUGCAAAAAUUGUGCAAAUGAAGUUGUGGUUCAAAAGAUUUUGGACAGGGUGCUGUCAAGAUAUGAUGUCCGUCUGAGACCAAAUUUUGGAGGUGCCCCUGUGCCCGUGAGAGUGUCUAUCUAUGUCUCCAGCAUUGAACAGAUUUCAGAAAUAAGUAUGGACUACACAAUCACGAUGUUUUUUCAUCAGACCUGGAAAGAUUCACGCUUAUCAUACUUUGAGACCAACCUGAACCUGACCCUGGACUAUCGGAUGCAUGAGAAAUUGUGGGUCCCCGACUGUUACUUCCUGAACAGCAAGGAUGCUUUUGUGCAUGAUGUGACAGUGGAAAAUCGCGUGUUUCAGCUUCACCCAGAUGGAACGGUGCGGUAUGGCAUCCGACUCACCACCACAGCAGCCUGUUCCCUGGACCUGCAUAAAUUCCCUUUGGAUAAGCAGUCCUGCAAGUUGGAGGUGGAGAGCUAUGGCUACACGGUGGAAGAUAUCAUGUUAUUCUGGGAAGACGAUGGGAACGCCAUCCGUAUGACUGAGGAACUGCACAUCCCUCAGUUUUCCUUCCUGGGGAGGACAAUUACUAGCAAGGAAGUGUAUUUCUACACAGGUUCCUACAUGCGCCUGAUACUGAAGUUCCAGGUCCAGAGAGAAGUCAACAGCUACCUUGUGCAGGUCUACUGGCCUACUGUCCUCACCACUAUUCUCUCCUGGAUUUCAUUUUGGAUGAACUACAAUUCUUCUGCAGCCAGAGUGACAAUUGGUCUGACUUCAAUACUCGUCCUGACCACCAUCGACUCACAUCUGCGGGACACACUCCCCAACGUUUCCUGUAUCAAGGCCAUUGACAUCUAUAUCCUUGUAUGCUUGUUCUUUGUGUUCCUGUCCUUGCUGGAGUAUGUCUACAUCAACUAUCUUUUCUUCAGCCAAGGUCCUCGGCGCCAUCAUAGGCGACACAGGAGACCCCGAAGAGUCAUUGCCCGCUACCGCUACCAGGAGGUGGUGGUGGGAAAUGUGCAGGAUGGCCUGAUUAACGUGGAAGACAAAGUCAGCUCUCUUCCCACCAACCCAGUGCAGGCCCGCCUAGCAAGCCCUGAAAGCCUCGGUUCUUUGAUGUCCAUCUCAGAGCAGGCCCGGCUGGCCACCUCGGAAAGCCUCAGCUCACUCUCUUCUCUCUCAGGCCAGCCCCCGCUGGCCAGUGGAGAAAGCCUGAGUGAUCUCCCCUCCACCUCAGAGCAGGCCCAGCACGGCGGUGGCAUUCACUUUAAUGGUUUCCAGACUGAUGACAGUAUUAUUCCUACUGAAAUCCGCAACCGUGCCGAGGCCCAUAGCCGUGCUGAGACCCGUGACCUUGAAGACUCCGAAGAGUGCUCAAGCUUGGAUGGGAGCCAUAGCUGUGGCCCCAGUGGGAGGCUGGUUCUUCACCAUGGCCAGAGGUGUGUGCAGGAAGGAAGCAACCUUGAUGUGAUCCGUAGUGAUAACAUCAAUGUCAAGGGCGAUGCUGACAGUAUCUGGAGCCUUCAUGAUGAUGAGUUCAUGGCCUAUGACCAAGAGAAGGACAGUAGCUCAGAGUCUGAGGACAGUAGCCCCCCGAGCCCCGGGUGCUCCUUCAAUGAACGGUUCUCCUUUGAUCUCUUUAAUCCUGAAUAUGUCCCUAGGAUUGACAGGUGGUCCCGGUUCCUCUUUCCUCUUUCCUUUGGGUUGUUCAACAUUGUUUACUGGGCGUACCAUAUCUAUUAG